CAGAGCCGCUGCUACCUACCUACCUACUUGUAUAUGCAUACAUAUAUAGGCUACAUAUACUAUUUGUGGAGUAUGUGUGUGCGUGUGUGUGCUAAAGGCGCUGUGGUUUGAUUUGGCAAAGCGCAAAAUUCUUCAAAAAUAAAACAAGUAAGAGCAAAAAGAAAAAGCGAAGCAACAGCAGCUAAAAUUGUUAACCUUUUGGGGAUAUCAAACAUUUACGAUUGCGUAGCGCGCUCGACGAUUUCCAAAAGCCAACAGGAAAAGAAAAAGCUAAAAAAGAAGAAUCUGCCGAAGCAGUGGAAGCAGUAAUAACAACAACAUUACCAACAGCAACUACAACAACAACAACCACGAGAGCAAUAGCAAACGACAUUUAAGUUUUUAUCAGUAGAAAAGAAAGUUUUGGAUUGCGCUGCUGCCGCUGCUGGCAACGAAGCUGAGCAACAACAGCAACAACAAUCUCCAUUACACCACCAGCAACAACAGCAUCAAAGCUGAGGCAGCCACAAGUGCGCACGCCAAAGGACGCCAAAAAACUUAAAGCAACAUUUUCUUUUCGUUUUGCCAGCGAUUCUACGUUUUUAUUUUCCCUCUUUUGGUUUUGAAAACUUUUAUCCUUUUCAAUUUUGUUUUUUGCCACGCGAACACGGCGUACACAGCGGCAGGCACAAAGCGCACUGCUUUUGAAGGAUUUAAAAUUUUGUUUGCUGCGGACUUAGCCAGCAACUAUUUUGCGGUCAACGUUGUCAGCACCACAAAUGGGGGACAAGAAGAUGAAAUCGAAGUGCAAACAUCGUGGCGUUGCGCAUCCAGCUCCAGCUGCUACUCAUGAAAAUGCUGUCCAGACAAAUUCCACCUCUGACAUCAGCGGCAUGGAAGAAAUUGCCCAACUGGACAGUAGCGGCGUGCCCUUCAUCCUGAUUGAUGGCGUCCGAGUGACGACGAGACGUGACUUAAACGAGGCGCUCAGCAAACGGGAGAAGAAGCGCAUGGCCCAUCUGCAUGUGAUCUGCAACGAUCUGCCUCUCCUGGACUCCAUAAGACUGCAGUUUCCGGCAGCAACAAUGACGACUCCAAGCAAAUCGGAGCUGCCCAGCACAGCUGCCCAUGCUAUUGCCUCGCUUAAGGCCGUCGAGGACGAGCUCAAGUUUCAAGCCGAUCUCGAGCAGCUGAGCAAGCCUAUGUUGGAGUUCUCGCAACCUGGUACGCCUACUGCACACUCCUCAUCCUUCGAGGAUCUGCAGCAAGCUGAAGCGGAAGUUGAAGCGGAGACAGAGUCGCACGCAAUCGAUCAGAGCGCCAUGCUGCAGGACACCACCUCGAACUUGGAACAAAUCCGUUCCAAGCUGGAGCAACUACGUCAGCACCAGGAGAAGGCCAUGCACUCGACCUCGACAACAGUUCCAAAUGUUCCUCUGGCCGAGAGACCUGGCAUCAAACGACAGCGCACCUUUGAAAUCAAACGAGUCAAUGGCACGACCCUCAAGUCGCAGCUGCGCCAACAAUCCGCCCAAGUCGAGGGCAGCCCAUCGACGAGUAGUCUAAGGACUGCCAAUAAGGGGACCAUACUUCAGCAGCCCCAGCAGAGCAAAUCAGCACAUAAGCCGUUGACGCGGGGCGUCUCUAGCAUGCAGCUAUCAGGGCGUCCGACACCUUCAAAGCUGCAGAGGAUGCGUACCACCACUCAGCUGGUCCGCAAGCCAUCAGAGAUCGAUCAGGAGAAAGGCGCUGAAUCUGAUGCCUCCGAAAUACCCGACCUGGUCAAUCAAAUUGGUGAGUUGCUCAUUCAGCUACAGGAAAAGCAGCAACAAAGGCAACAACAGAAUCAGCAGGAGGAGCAACCAUCACAGCCAACGAAGAAGCAGCAGGUGCCAGCACAGCAGCCAGAAGCACACCUAGAACCACAGCAGCAAGAGAUUCAGAUCCAGGAACAACUACCUGGCGGUGCAUCCUUUUCUUAUCUAGUCACCAUAACGCCCGAUUCCGGCAUUUCUAACUGCUCCGUGCAGCCCCUAACGUCGCCGAAGUUGAACGCCAAACAGCAGCAACAACAACAUAUGGUCACAUUUGACCCAGCAGUGGACACCAAAUCCCAACCUAUGAAGCGUGCUCUUUCCGGCAUCAGUUUGCUGCCCACGCCCCGCAAUGCGGGCAUUACGAUAUUUGCGCCCAAGAGUGCAAAAGAUCAACCAGAGAUUACCAGGAGGAGGGCCAUUCCCGUCACGCGCUCAGUGACUUCCCUUACAUUUGACAGAAAUCCAACUUCCCAUGCGGAGCACAACUUCCACUUGAAGGAUAACAAUGCCUCAACCAGUCGUACCGCAGCAGAAAUAUCUGAUAAGCCAGAAGUAAAAACUGCAACUGUAAUUGCUGUUCCCAAAUCUGAGGCCACUUCAUCCACGGCUCCUUCACCUGCAGGUGCACGACCAACUUUAACCAAGUCUCGUACGUUUUUGAAACCGCCAUCCUCUCUGUUUCGAGCUAACAAGAAAUGAGUUGAAUUAGCUGCAAGCCAAGUUGUUUUAA